AUGGAGUCAAAGAUUAAGUUGAGCGACCCAAACGGGCCCGAUGACCCAGACGGGCUUGACAACCCGGACAAGCCCAAUGACCAGGACAGGCCCGAUGACAAGGACAGACCCGACGACCAAGAUGAGCCCGACGACCAGGACGGGCUUGACAACCCGGACAUGCUAAACAACACGGACGGGCCCAAAAACCCAGACGGGCCAGACGACCAAGAUGGGCCCGACGACCAGGACGGGCCUGACAACCCGGACAUGCCAGACAACACGGACGGGCUCGACGACCCAAACGGGCCCGAAAACCCGGACGGGCCAAAAGAGCCAGAUGAGCCCUACGACCCAGACGAGCCCAACGAUCUAAACGGGACGAUGACCCGAACAGGCCCAACGAUUCAAACAGGCCCAAUGAUGCAGACAGGCCCAAUGACCCGAACGGGCCAACGACUCGUUGGUUAUGUUACAGAAGUUGACAAAGACCACGAUGGGAGUGAAGAGGUGGAGGUUCAGGGCGUGAUAAAGUGGAGGGUCAGGGGGCAUGAUGAAGUUAAGGGUCAGGAGGGUCAAAUGGUGAUGAAGUUGACUGUCAGGGGUGAUAAAGUUGAGGGUCAAGGCUAA